AUGUCUUUGGAGACGGGUGCCAAUGCACGAAUGAUCUCUGUGUCUUUGAGAAUGAACAUGACUGGGGCUGCACCACCACCAGCACCAUUGCUACUGUUGCCCAACACUGGUGUACUCAUAACUGAUGAACUGAGCACUGAUGAUGAUGUUGACAUUGACAUUGACAUUGACAAUGACAUUGUUGAUCCAGUUAAGAAUGUGAGUGGACUUGUCAUCUUCAAACUACCGUUCAAUUUGAUCGGUUUGAUGAUGUUUGUAUCAUUCACUGAUCCUGUUGUUGUACUCAUUGUUGUUGUUGAUGAUGUUGAUGCUGUUGUCGUAGUUGUUGAUGUUAAAGAUGUAUCAACAUUGUUCGUUGGAGUGGCUGUCGUUGUCUGUGUCAGAGUCUGA